AUGUCCUCUGCACAAGGUUCCAUUACCAAGAUCUCCAUCUACAAAUUUGAUGGGGGCAAGCUCGCGACGUGGAGCCGCUACAUGUGUGGCGUGUCCCAGACCAAGUCGACGUGGCAUGUGGUCAACCGAGAGACGACGCCAAACUUCUCGAAUCCUCGCGACAGUGACGAUUAUAUCAAGACGAACAACAGUUCGCUCGGACUGAUGUUACUGCGCAUGGACGCCGACUUUCAUCAUGUGGUUGACGAAAGCAAAAUAGCAUGGGUCGCGUGGGCGCGUUUGAAGACACUUCCUCAACAUCAGAGCGAAGCUCAGCAGCAUCGGCGCCAAGAUGGAGGACGAGGACGUAGCGAUCUUCUUUUGAAGCAAUCUCCCCAAGAGCUGCGAGAACGUCGUUCUCAACUUGUAGAUGAGCAGCGCAAACUGCCACCGUGCGACGCUGUCAACGUUUUGACGAACGAUCACAUCAAGCGUCAAGGUGCCAAGUCUGCGGCGGUGAAGACUGAAGAAGUGACCAAGGCCUUCAGUACCGAGCACGAGGUUCGUCGAUGCUCGUACUGCGUAAAUUGGGGAAAAGCGGAACGUUGCUGGACCAAGCAGAAGGAAGAGAAUCGGGGAGCUCGACGCGGUAGCAAUGAUCCUGGACGUAGAGCGAAUCAAGUCCAGUGGCAAGGAUACAACAGCAAUAACAACUGCGACUACGAUCGAGUAGUGCUUGCUGUGUCACUGGAAUGCGUAAUUUCAGCGAUCACGAAUACGUCUGGGAUAUGGGCGAAUAGCAGCGGUGCGACGCAACACAUCUGCCAUGACAAGAACAAGUUCAAAUUUCCGGACGAGCGCAAUGAAGACGAAGCGUUGGUCGUAGAUGGGAACAAGGCAAGGUCCCGCAAAACGGUGAAGAGCGCGAUAUCAAGAACACGCUUUACGUCCCAAGAAUGA